AUGACAUGCCCGAAUUGUACGCACCAGUGGUGCUGGGUCUGCCUUCUGCCUUGGAAUUCCUUUCAUCCUGGCGAGGAUGACACGCCGGGCUGCCUUAUGUAUGGGGAUCCAGAGUAUGAUGAAGAAGGCUAUGAGAACAAUCAACGUGGCCUUCACCGAGACACUGGCUUGAAUAGGCAGGGCCGCAAUCGUCAUGGUGACCUCCCUCUUGGUGAUCAGGUGUCAUCUGCUACAGGGACCGCAGAAUUUGCCUUCAAUGGAGAUCUAUUCCAACUCGAAGGCCAGCACAAUGGAGUCCAGGUCCAGGUCCAGCAUCCAGAUGGGCAAGAUAACGAGGUCGAAAAUCUCAGCCAGGACAAUCAGCAGCACCCCAACGACCUGUGGAGCAACGCCCCGGCUGAAGAAUGGAUUACUGGAUCUGGGUGCACCGACAACACUCGGUCUGAAGACGACGAUGAGCAAGCUUUCGCGGUUGGUCCGACAUUUUUGACAUUCGAAGAAGUCGAGUGCGACCACGAUUUUGAUUUCGACUAUCGAAGCGGAUACUGCCGCUUCUGUGUGUGGGAUGAGGCCGAUAGUGAAAGCUACAAGUGUUCACAAUGUGGUCUCCAGUCAAGUAUGUCGUGCUUCGAGAACAAACUUCAGCCCCGUAGGUCUCUUGAGGCCCCGCCGGGAUCCAUUCGGCCAGUUCCUAAGGUUUUAAUGGAGGACACUCUUGACUCUUCAUGGUUUAACCAGGUCAGCGUAAUUCAAUGGGCCGAGGACGGCGAAGUGCCAUAUAAGGCUAGGAAACGUGCAACCUGGCGCGAACAGCCAGAGUGGCUGCACAUCGACGAAAACCCUUUCCCCUACUUUGGCUUCGGCAUCCAGGAGAUGUUCCAACACUUAGAGUCAGAGAUGCACCGUCAGAACGCGUACGUCGUGGUGGAAGAUGUCGGUAUCCCUGGACUAUCGAUGUCCUUCAACCAAAACAACAACUCUUUCGCAGCCUUAUCCUGGGACGAGCAAGAUAGCACAGGAAGUAAUUAUUGA